CGUGGGGCAAAACACCAAACAAGACUUCUGAACAAGACGCCGUUGGACCUCCGAACCGAAGCAGUUCUAGCAGUCCGUGGGUGCUCCCCUACUACUUCAUCAUCUACUACUGUACAACAGGGACACCGCCCACCAACACCGUUAGCUUCGCAGAUACGAUGCGCAUCGCUGUCUGGGCCGUCCACUUUUCCAUUUUGUCCCUCCUUGCCCGCUUCUUCUACGUCGUGCUGAACAUAAGAUAUCCCCUUGAUUACACCUAUAACAUCAUACACCAUCCCCACCCGAUUGCUUGCCCUUGCCAAAAUACGCUGCAUCCUCUCCAAGGAGUUGAUGCCUGGCUCGCUCGGGUCGUCCGAAAGUACAUGUUGUCGUUGUUGUUGUUGCAUGAUUGACACCGUCAAGGAACAAGCAGAAGGUCGCCAGGAAGAGACGAAAGCAAGCACGUGACCUCUGUAUUCCACGUAUAUAUAGUGAGUGAGUGAGUGAGUGAGUGAGGG